AUGAUUGGGAUUACAAUAAUCACCGGUUUCUUAGGAGCAGGGAAAACUACACUGCUAAAAAAUUUAUUAAAUGAAAGUAUUGAGAAAGAUAAAAAAAUUGCAAUAAUUCAUAAUGAAUUUACGGAAAAGAACAACAAUAUUGACAAAAUAGUUUUUAAGGAUAUAAAUGAUAUAUAUAACAUUCCAAAAAUUAAAGAAGAUGAUAAAAAUAAUGUAAAUAAUAAUUUAAAAAAAGAUAUACAAAAAAAUAAAAAUGAAUUAAGAAUAAUAAACGAAAUAGAUAGUGAAGAAGGUUUCAUAUAUGAACUUAAUAAUGGCUGUUUAUGUUGUUCAAAUAAAAGUAAUUUUGUUAAAUUGAUAGAAAAUAUUUUAUCAUUAAAAACUAAGUAUGAUUAUAUAUUUGUAGAAGUUUCAGGCGUUUAUGAUAAUAUACAAAUUAACAAUUUAUUAUGGUUAGAUGAACUUAAUAAGUCAAAAAUAUAUUUAGAUAGUAUUAUACAUAUAGUAGAUUCAUAUCAUUUUAUUAAAUAUUAUAAUAAACAAGAAAUAAAACAAAAUACUAAGGACACAUUAUCUAAUGAAAUUAAUCAUGAACAUGAAAAAAAAAAAAAAAAUGAAGCCAACAACGUAUAUCAUAAUGAAAAGAAUAAUGAAUCCAACAACGUAUAUCAUAAUGAAAAAAAUAAUGAAUCCAACAACGUAUAUCAUAAUGAAAAACAAAAUGAAGCCAACAACUUUGGUCCUAAUGAACAAACUCCAGAAUAUGAACAAAUUAUGGUAUCAGAUGUUAUAAUAUUAAAUAAAAUUGAUAAAUUAAAUGAACACAAUAUAAAUGAACUAAAAAUUUUUAUUCAUAAACUAAAUCCUAUUGGCACUAUAUACACAACUAGCUAUUGUUAUGUACCUAUAGAAAAUAUAACAAACCUAAAAUGUUAUGAAAAAAAAAAUAUAAAAAAUAUUAUAAUUAAUAAUACCAAAGUAGAAAAUGUUGUUUCUUUUCAUUAUAAUGAUUUUCAUAAUAUGACUUUUCAUUUUGACCAUGACAUAUCUUCAUUAAUACAAUUAAGUGAUCUUUUAAAUAAAAUGAAAAAUAAAUUUAUAAAACAAAAGGAUACAAAUAUAUUAAAACAAAUUGUAACAAUACUGAAGAAUAAAAAUAUUUUUUCAUAUAAAAAAAUUAAUCAUAUUUUAGCUACCCUUUUAUGGAAUAGCAAAUUACAGAUAUAUCGUGGUAAAGGUGUUUUUGUUGCUUUUAAUGAUGAUAUUUAUAACAAUAAACAUAAAAUCAAAUUGAAUAUUUAUUAUUAUCAAAGUGUGGGAGAUUUAUACGAAAUUAAUCAUGUAAUGACUGAUAUACAUACAUUUUUUCAAACAUAUGUAACUAAAAAUAUAAAGGAAAACGAAAUAAUACACACCAACAACAAUAAUAAUAAUAAUAAUAAUAAUAAUAAUAUAAACAUUAUUUCUAAUAAUAUUAAUAAUGAAAAUACACAGACCGAAUUUAACAUUCAUAAUAUUAAUUAUGACCAUGAAGAGCACACAUGUGAUGAUCUUUUAGAAUUCGAAAAUUAUAUAUCUGAUGAUUCUUCGUGUAGUGAAAAUAAUGAAUAUAACAUAAACAAUAUUUUGAAUAAUAUGCAUAUUUUUACUUCCAGAUUUUUAUUUAUAGGGAAAAACAUAAACAUGGAAGAUAUAAAAAAUAAGCUUGAUGAUUGUUUGUACAAAUAA